CAAAGUGACGCGAUUCUGACAUUCCAGAUGGACGAUGAGCACUCAACUCCAUCAACAUCCAGCAGCUCAAACCACAGCCAAUUAAUCAAGGAGUUCAAUCUGCGGAAGUUUGAUAAGUUGGUGAAAAAGAUGGGCAGGAAGUUGCUGCACAGACCUUGCGAUAAAACCUUCGUGCCUUCAGCCACUCCACAUUGCCCAAGCCCCAAAGGCAUGUCUCAUUCCCCAUCAUCCGGGGAUUCGAGCAAUUUAUCCGCUGAACGAUCAGAUCGCAGAAAAUGUAGCGAACCAACGUUCGGGCUGAAAAUCGAAACAUAUGGCGGCGAGGUAGCAGGAUCGGGGUAUGGAUGGCUUACGGCGUCCGAUAUGCCUGAACCUUAUCAUAGUGUUGAUGUUAUUGCUUCCGUUACUCGAGCGCAACAAGUGGCGUUACAAAUGGUGAAGGAUCGGAUUUCAAUGACCAAACAACAGAUCGAGUCAUGUAGAGUUGAUGAACGACUGAUUAGCGACUUCAUAGCUGAUGCCUUCGCUGAGGAGAUGAAAAUGAAUCAUUCUCCUAAAAGCUACACUGAGCUGCAAGAGGAUGUGAAGAAGCUUGAAGAAGAAAUCGAAGGACUUCGGAAAAUCUCCCUCAAACCAAUUCCACCUCCAAGACCUGCACGACCGAAUCAGCAUCUAACAUGGAUCUGUGUGCGAUGCUUGGAAGAGAAUACGGCAUCAUUCUACCGAUGUCACUCUUGUUCAUUUCCUCGUCCAGCAAUUGAUCCUCGUGAAGCUGUUAGAUGCAACUGCCAACACUGCACUCCAGCAUCAGUGGAACGCAUGUUCGUUUCGCCGACCCCUGGUGAAGGCGAUUGGCUGUUGCUCUAUGGAUAUGCCUUAGGAUUUCGCUGCCUAGUAAACAUCAUCCCGUCGCCGACAUUCCAUGAGUUCUACAAUGGAAUCACUCGUCGAACUCUUCGUUCACUGGUGUUGAAGCAGAUUUUGAUGUCGACUGUGGUGGAGCAGCUCGUCGACAUGGGCUUUGAACGGGCUCGUGCCGAAUAUGCAUUCGCGCAGACAGGUAGAGGCGCAUUGGAAACAGCUAUGGACUGGCUGAUCAAUCACGAAGGAGAGGAAAUUCCAGCACCUUCCACUGAUCAUCAUCCGAAUGAAGAAGAAAAACCGGGCUCAUCCGAGCUGACAGAGCACACGCCCGGCAGUUACAAAUGCAACGAUUGCAACAAGUUGUUUCGUGACGAGAACUCGAUGAUGUUCCAUGCCGCUAAGUCAGGACAUGAGAAUUUUUCGGAAAGCACGCAGGUAAUCGCUCCGCUCACUCCGGAAGAGCGUGCGCAGAAAGAGCGAGAGCUGCGCGAUAAAAUCAGAGCUGCUCGCGCCAAGAAGGAAGAGGAGGAGAAAAGGGAGCAGAUUGAAAAGGAACGAAGACGUCGUGAAGAGGGUAAGAAAAUGUUGGAGACAAAAGAAAAACAGAAGGAGAUGGAAUUAAGGGCUCUUGUUGAGGAACGCAAGAGAGAGAAAAGGGAAGAAGAACUGGCUCGACAAAGGGUGCUGGACCAAAUCAAAGCUGACAGGGAAGCGCGUAAAGCAGCGAAAAGUGGCGUUCAACCGACUGCUCCUCCUAAACCAGCUCCUGCUCCUUCUGCGGCGUCUGCUCCUACUCACGAUUACAAAGAAACGACUAUCCAGGUGCGGCUGAAAAACGGACAAGCGGUACGACAAAAGUUUGGAGCAUCUGAGCCGCUCUCUGCUGUGCGACUUUGGCUAGAGCUGAACCAUUCGGAUGGAACUCCCUUCAAUCUGCUACAACCAUUCCCUCACAAAGUCAUGACUUUUGAUGACUAUGAAAAACCUCUGAAGGAACUCGGGUUGGUGCCUUCUGCCAACUUCGUGAUGACUCCAAUGACAGGAGUGGUUCGCGAGAUAAAUUUUCACCCAUAAUUUCGCAAUUGUGCUUUUAUGCAAGUCUCAGUAUUUUUGCUGUUCCUUCCAUAAUAGAAACUCGAUGAGUGGUCUUUUUAUAAGGAGUUUACAUGAAGAAUUUUGUAUAAAGUAUUUUAAUGGAGAAAAUAAAAAUUCAGUACGCCUG